AUGAUGAACUCGCUCACCGAUGACGUGCACCCGUUUGCCAACCGCGAAAAGCUUCCUUCCAACGCGCCGCGCACUGGCCUACGCCCGCCUCCUAUGCCCGCACGCCAGUACGGUAUCGACCUCAAGCAUGCCGAGCAAAUAACCCGUCGCCUGCUCCUGGCCCCCACCACCCUGCCCACCUACACAGCCCUUCCCUCCGUCCCUAAUCUCUCCCCCGCCCAGCAUCGCUUCCUGUAUGAAGACGGCUUCGCCUCCCUCCCCCCGUCUCUAGACCCCGCCUCGCGUGGAAAGCAGAAAAAGGGCAAGGACGCGUACGGCGUUCCGCACGCCCGCGCCUCGAAAAAGCGGUUCCAGGUCGCCAACCUCGUCGCCGCCGUCUGCGCCCUCAUUCCCACCCCCGAUGCCUCCAACAGUAAAUCCCGCCGACGAAAGGGCAUGCCCCGCCUGCUAGACCUGUGCGGCGGAUGCGGGCACGUGGGCCUCCCGCUCGCUGCCCUCUUUCCGCACUGCCGCGUCAUCGUCGUCGACACCAAUCAAAUUGCCCUGGGCAUCGCCGCCCGCCGCGCCGCCGAGGCUGGCCUGAGUAACCUGGACACCCUGGAAAGAAACAUCGAGCAGCUGCAAGGCGUCCCGUUCGACGUCGCCGUCGCCCUGCACGCUUGCGGCGGCGCCUCGGACACCGUCUUGGCGGCCGCCGCUGGGGCGGGGGCCGCCGUUGUCGUAGCACCAUGCUGUGUUGGAGGCGUCGUGGCGAAGAAGGGAUCUGUGACGGGGCGGGCUUCGGGUGCCGUUGUGAGGGAUCCAGCGUCUGCUGAGGGCGCUGCUAUCGAUUGGGAUGUCGCGCGUAGUAGCUUGUUUCGAGGGCUGCUUGCAGAAGCAGAGUAUCCACGCUUGGCCAGGGCAGCGGAUUUUGGGGAGCAGCUGCUCGAAAGAGAUGGUUGGCGCCGCGUCGCAAAGUCUCUUGUAGAACAGGACCGCGCUUUGUGGAUGGGCGAAAUGGGAUACGGGGUCCGCGUUGUCAAAAUGAGGCCGCUCGAUUGCACGCCGAAGAACGAUAUGCUAGUUGCGUGGCCAAGGAAAACUUUGGGUGAAGAAGAUUCAGGUUUUGGAAGCGAUGUAGGAUGGGAUCUAGAUAUAGACGCAAACAUGUUUCUGGCGGACGUUAGAGAUGAGAAUGUCAUGAAAGGGUUGGGAAUGGCAGAGGUCGCGGAGGUCGAAAGCAUACUCCGGGAGCAAGUCUUCUCCGAGGACUCGACUGGACUGCACCAUUUUCCAAUGGGUCUCGGAAAGAGAAAGAGAAAAGUCAUCCACGCGGUCGCCGAGUCCAUGGGCUUAUGGCACGGGAGCAUAGGAAAAGGGGCACAACGAUACGUGAGCGUGCGUCGGACAGCGUCGUGGCCACUCUUCUUCGACUAUUUUUUGGGAAUCGGCGGCCCCGAGAUCGAGAGGGUUUGCGCCUCGCUAGUAGAGAAGAUUCCUCCAGCUUGUGCAGAGAGACGCGUUCACAUGCGCGGAAACCCCCAUCAUAUCACAAUUAUUCGCCCACCAGAGAUCUCCCAUCUUUCCAACUAUUACAAGCAUGGCAAGCAACGGCUUCUCAGCAAAGCGUUUGAAUCGUUGAAGCAUUCAACCAUGCAAAUACUCGGAGUGGGACGAGUACGAGGACCUACGAAAAGGACGAAAAGAAAAUCUUCUGCGCUUCCGGAGAGCACAGUUGCGAAAGGCGUCGUUGUGGAGCCGGCACUGGCCGAGGCAUACUUCGUCGUUGUUGAGUGGCCAGCAGGUAAUGCACUCCGCACAGAGCUCGGCCUGCCGCCCAUAGACUUUCAUAUCACUCUCGGCUUUAGUGUGAAAGACAUUCACGAUGUUCGGAAAGAUCGAAGCACACUUGUAUUUAACCACGAAGCAAACUUGCCACUUAGGCCAUUCUAACUAGAUUAAACAUACCUAAAGUUCCUACGGGGAACCAAAACCCAA